AGCGGCGGCGUGCGGAUGACUGUUCCCUGCAUUGGACGAAAUAGGCAAUCUCCAGAAGAUUGGGACGCUCCGGCGGCGCUCACCGUCAUCACCCGGCAGAUCUCCUCGUCCACACAAUCCAGCGUCAGAUUCUUCGACAACCCUCCACCACACAAAAGGUCCGGCGAAGAAGAUCUACUCUUAUACCGAACACAACCUACCACUCGAUCGCCGACUGUCGCACGCACCCAAUCCACUCGUCGCCCGAUCGAGCCAACCACAACCGAAUCAGUCUUAAAAGUCCGCAUCGAUCACACACACAGCGGCAGCAGUAGAGCGAGGGGGGAGGGAGACGAGGAGGAAGAGGAGAUGGCGAUGGUGGCGUUCCGAGCUGCGGCGGCAGCGUCGACCAGUCCUCGCCCUCCCCUGUCCAAACCACAACAGGCGCAGCCACAACAUCAUCAGUCCAAGCUGCUUCACCCAAAGCAAUCUCUUCCUCUGCUCCCACCUCGUACGCCCGCCGCGCUCUCCUUCGUCGCCGUCCUCUCCGCAGCCGUCCCCGGCGAAGCCAGGGCCUUCUCCUUCCCCAAGGAAGACAUCGUCUCCUCCCUCACCAAGGCGGAGGACACGAUUGGCCAGGUAGUUGAUGUUGGUUCGAGUGUUUGGGGUUUCUCCCUGGACGUGUUCAGGUCCUUGUCGGAGACGCUCAAGCCAGGAGUCGACGCCGCGCUACCGAUCUUGCAGAGCGCCAGUAAGGAGGCUUUGAAGAUCGCCUCUCCGGUGGUUUCCGAUGCUUCCAAGCAGGCCAAAGAAGCGCUUCAGAGCGUUGGGGUUGAUCCAAGUCCUGUUCUGACCGCAGCACAGACAAUCGCCGAUGCAGCACAGCAGACAACAAAAAUCAUAGAAGGAGCAAAGCCCCUUGCUUCGGCAACCGUGGAGAAGAUCACAUCCUCUAGUCCUUCAGUGGUUGUUGUCACUGCCGGAGCAUUGUUUGUUGGAUACCUUCUUCUCCCACCAAUUUGGUCCACCAUUUCUUUCAACUUCCGUGGUUAUAAAGGCAAUCUCAGUCCUGCUCAGGCGCUCGACGUGAUAACCGCACAGAAUUAUCUUAUGAUUGACAUAAGAUCAGAGAAAGACAAAAAUAAAGCUGGUGUUCCUCGCCUGCCCUCGAAUGCAAAGAACAAGAUGAUCUCAGUGCCUUUGGAGGAACUUCCUAGCAAGAUAAAGGGCCUUGUGACGAGCUCAAAGAAAGUGGAAGCUGAUAUAGCCGCGCUAAAGAUUUCGUACCUUAAGAAAAUCAACAAAGGAUCCAACAUCGUGAUAAUGGAUUCCUACUCUGAUAUAGCGAAACUUGUCGCAAGGACACUCACCAGCCUUGGUUUCAAGAACUGCUGGAUUGUGACGGAUGGAUUCUCCGGGGGGAAGGGAUGGCUGCAGAGCCGUUUAGGCACAGACUCAUACAAUGCAUCGCUUGUUGAGGUUCUGUCUCCUUCGAGGGUCAUUCCUGCUGCUGCAGCUCGGUUUGGAACCACCAGCUCUACGGCCCUACAGUCGACUAGGAAACUUCUUCCUGGGAGCGUUGAGAACUGAAAAUUCUCAGGCAGAAGGUGAUUCUUUUGUAACUUUUUUUUAUCUUUUGUGAAGAUAAGGUAUGCAGGGUAUGGCAUGUUAUGUUGUUAUUGUACAAUGCAUGCAUCAGCUAAUACAAAUGAGUCUGGUUAUAUUGUCCCA